ACCCGAAUCGUUCACCAAUGACCCAUCACGAGUACAAAGUCACCUCGUUUUGUCGGUCAGGGAGAGAAGCUAAUGACAGCUAGCAAAACAGAUCUUCACAUCUUCUCAACUUAAACUCAUGUUUGUAUACUUAGAAACGUCGCAAAUAUUUUUACUGUUGUGACUUUUAGUUCUCACACUUAUUACCGCUACCGUCUUUGCGUAUUGCUAAGUUAGCUAGCAUUUGCUCACCCCCCCAAAAAAGCUACUAUCAUGGCUGCACUGAGAGCGUCCUAUCACAGAAUUUUGGACAGGAUCGAGCACAUGCUGCCUGCCAAGCUGAGACCUUUAUACAACCACCCUGCAGGUCCAAAAACGGUUUUCUUCUGGGCUCCAAUGUUCAAAUGGGGUCUGGUUGUAGCUGGUUUGGCUGAUAUGACUCGACCAGCAGAGAAGCUCAGUACCUCCCAGUCUGCAGUACUGACAGCAACGGGGCUCAUCUGGUCCAGAUAUUCACUGGUCAUCAUUCCAAAGAACUGGAACCUGUUUGCUGUCAACUUCUUUGUGGGCAGCGCCGGAGGGUCGCAGCUCUACAGGAUUUGGAGAUACAAUCAAGAGCAGAAGGCUAAGGAGGUAACAGAGUCCUGAGUGUUUUCAGUGGACUAAAAGGACAACUUCACACCAGGCACCAACCUGUCCGCCGUCUCGCGUCAUUUGUACCUCAUCACGUCGUCUUCAUGUUAUUGCAGCCAUGCCAGCUAACAUCAUCCGACCAUAUUUAACCCCUUUUCCCCGCUGGAAAUGUGCACUUUCCCUAAAGUUCCAAGUUUCCUCAGUGUGUGUAAUUGACAUGGGGGGGGGGGGGGGGGGGAACCACACUUCAGAAUGACAACCAACGCACAAGUAUGACUAACACGUUUUUGUACAUUUAGUUUGUCUUCAUGUGUCAUGUUUGGGAUGUUUUGCUUGUUCCAUCAUCAGGUGUAGCAAUCAUUACCUCAUGCAUUCAUUUCCCAAAAAUGUUAGCUUUCAGUUACACAUGGUUGUGAUGGAAUGUGUCCUCAUGCUAUUUUUUCUUUGACUUAUUUAUAAUAUGGUUAUUAAAUUAUCCUUUUCAUUUUAAUGGCUUUAAAUUUUAAGGGAGAAUUAAUCAAAUAAUUUUGUUGUAGUCCUAUGUUGCAAUUUGUAUUUACCUUGCAGCUUCUUAAUGCUAGCUAACACUGGUACUGACCUGCUAAUGUAUGUCUCUCUACGUUUGGGGAAAAGCUUUUUUUUAUGUAUAUAAAUCAUAUUUUGUAUUCACCCUAAUUAUGAUUUUUAAAAUUACCACACUGUAUUGGCAAGAAAUGUUAUCACUUUAAUAGCACCUAAUCUGACUGAUGAUAUAAAUGGCACUUUGAGGCACUGUGGAAAGGUAAUGGCUGUCUAAGGCAAAUAAAAAAAACCUUUUCAGCUA